GACCUGCUUGAGGAAUUACAGAAUUCGACAGCCAAUAUUGAUGUACGAGACAGUACUGGCUACACACCGCUUGCCUGGGCUGCAGCCCGCGGCGACAGCCUUUCACUUCAGAUUCUGCUAGACCAUGGCGCCUCCAUUACCCUGGCGAACAAUUUGACGCAGCAGCCAAUUCACCUGGCGGCGCAGACUGGUAACGUGACAACAAUCCGGACUCUUGUAGAAGCAGGAGCGAACAUCAAUGCUGCCAUGUCCGAGACGAAGACGACACCUCUGCAUUAUGCGGCGGAAACCCAAGACGAUAUGAAUCAUGUACUUGGUCUUGUAGAUCUUGGCGCAUGUGUGGAUGGGCGUGACUUCUGCGGAUGGACGCCUCUGCACUGGGCUUGCUGGAGGGGUUACUUGGAUAGUCUAAAAGGUCUCCUAAAAGCUGGGGCUGACGCUCGUACAAAGACGACGGAUGGCAAUGCGGCUGUCAUGCUGGCUGUCACGAACAACAGCUUCACCUGUAUCCCAGCUCUCAUUGAAGCGGGAGCAGACUGCACAGUUGUCAAACCCAAUGGCUGGAGUGUGCUGCAUUACGCUGCU